AUGGAGAAGUUAACAUUGGAAUUGUGCACUCGAUUAUUUAGUAAUUGGAGAGUUUAUUUGCGUGAAGGAUUCAAUAUUCUUUUGUACGGGAUUGGCUCUAAACGACAUAUUAUUGAAGAAUUUCGUAAACAAUAUCUAUCUGAUGCUAAUUGUAUAGUGAUUGCAGGCUAUAGUCCAUCAACUAAUAUUCGACAAAUACUGAACUGUAUUUGCCAUGAAUUUCUACAUGGUGUUGAUAAUUAUCGAAAUCCAGUUGAACAAAUUCAAUUAGUAUGUGAUACAUUUAAAAAGGAUGAAGCUAGAAAGUCACCUCUAUUUCUUCUUCUCAACAAUAUUGAUGGUCCAGGAUUACGGAAUGGUAAAACUCAAGCUGUUUUAGCUCGUCUAGCGGAAGUACCAAAUAUUCAUUUAAUCGCUUCAUUAGAUCAUGUCAAUAUGCCUAUAUUAUGGUCGCAUAAUGAAUUAGCUCGAUUCUCAUGGAUCUGGGAAGAUUGUACAAAUUUUUAUAAUUAUACUGAAGAGAGUAGUUAUGCAAAUAGUCAAAUCUUACAGACUAUUCUUGGUGGUAUUGGAGAUGGAUCAGGUAGUACUGGAAGUGCUGGUGCAAUGUUUGCAAGUCUUCGUCAAGUGACUGCAUCACUUACACAGAAUGCUCGUGAUAUAUUCCGUAUGAUUGUUGAGCAUCAAUUGGAGACACCAUAUCAAGAAGAUAAAACUGUUAUAAAUGGUAUUGCUAUGGAGGAUUUAUACUGGCGUUGUCGAGAUGCCUUUUUAACAAGUAAUGAAGCAACUUUAAAAGCUCAAUUAACUGAAUUCCGUGAUCACAAGUUAAUUAAAAUAAAAAAAGGUAUUGACGGUACAGAAUUCAUAUUUAUUCCAUUGGAUACGGUCAAUUUACAGAAAUUAGUUGAAAAUUUUGAUGCACUUUGUUAA